AUAUUUAAUUACGGGUGGAAUGAUUAGUCAAUAAUUAAUGUAAUAAGUAAUAACCUUGAAUCCAUCGACAACUUGUGGCCCAAGCUUAAUGGCUGUGUAUAAAAGGCUAAAAGCAAAGCUCCAUCUCCACAACUUAUUGACAAAACCAAAAAGCUAGCAAUGGCUUCCCCUAAACUUACAGCCUUAGUUGCAGUGUUAGCUUUGAUGGUGGGAUGCUCUCAGGCUCAGCUUAACCCUUUCUUCUACACCUUCACAUGCCCUCAGCUGCCUUUUGUUGUUCUGGAUGUGGUCUCACGAGCUCUCCAAACUGACGACCGAGCAGCUGCCAAGCUCAUUCGUCUCCACUUUCAUGAUUGCUUUGCCAAUGGGUGUGAUGGGUCUGUGCUAUUGGAAGAUGUACCAGGCGUAAUUGACAGUGAACUAAACGCACCUCCUAAUAACGGGAUCCAAGGCCUGGACAUUGUGGACAACAUCAAAGCAGCAGUUGAAAGUGCUUGCCCACGCGUUGUUUCCUGUGCCGACAUCUUAGCCCUUUCAGCUCAAGUUUCUGUCGUAUUGUCUGGAGGACCAGCGUGGAUUGUUCCACUGGGUAGAAAAGACAGCAGAAUAGCAAACAGAGCUGCAGCCGCAAAUCUUCCAAGUCCGUUUGAAACCCUGGACGUGUUGAAAGCCAAAUUCGCGGCAUUUGGGCUGGAUUCUACAGAUCUUGUGACUCUAUCAGGAGCCCACACGUUCGGUCGAUCAAGAUGCCUCUUCUUCACGGGACGGUUCGACAAUUUCAACAACACCGGCCUGCCAGACCCGACUUUGGAUGCUGCUUACAGGGAGCAGCUCCGCCAACUUUGUACCACUCCAGUAACGCGAGUGAACUUUGAUCCAAUCACACCAGACACCUUUGACAAAAACUAUUACAUCAAUCUCCAAAACCACAAAGGGCUCCUCCAAAGUGAUCAAGAGCUUUUCUCAACCCCUGGGGCUGAUACAACCGCCAUUGUCAACACAUUUGCUGCUAGCCAACUUCUGUUCUUUAUUCAAUUUGGUAAUUCCAUGAUCAAAAUGGGGAAUCUAAGCCCUCCACCUGGCACCCCAUCUGAAGUCAGAUUGAAUUGUAGGAGGAUCAACCCAACCACUACCUUCCAUGAUGUUAUCUAACUUUAUCUACACUAUCCAAUCCUCUCAAUCAAAUAAGCUUCCACUUUGUUGUUUAUAUCUCUUUGUUUAAACGUCUGAAUCCCGUUCAUUAAUUCUGUUGGAUUAAUAUUUUGCUAGAUAUGCUUGGUUGAAAACUAUGGAUUGAUAUCCGAAAGUUUUUCAAUUAAGUGUGAAUGUGAUGUAAAAUAACGAAGUCAGAGGUUGGAUUGCUUUGCUUUUAUUUACAAUAUAUAUUAUUAUAUCGUACUGGUUGAGUGAAUUCAAACA